CUACCUUACCUACAUAUCUAUAGAUUAGAUUUAGAAUAUAGAUCUAGAUCAAAAUUAUAGAUUCUAGAUCUAUACUAUAUAAUAUAGAUUCUAGAUUAUUUUUUUCUAAAUCUAGAUUUAAGCCUGGUUUUAUCAGUUUUAUAGGCUAUAUCUUUAGGAUUUAGAUCUACCCUAGACUCUAGAGCUUAAUCAAAAUGUCUGGACCUGGAGGAGCAUUUUGUUCUUGGCCAAAAGUAUUUCUCUUUGGUGCAUCAAUCACUGAAUACAGUUUUAGAAAGGAAGGCUGCUGGGGCACACUGUUGGCUGAUUAUUUGCAAAGAAAGUGUGAUGUCAUUGUCAGGGGCUUUGCUGGUUACACCACGUGGAAUGGCAAGCAGGUGCUCCCUCAUCUGCUGGAUGCAAAACUUGCCAAAGAUGUGGUUGCCAUGACAGUACUUUUAGGGUCAAAUGAUGCAAAUGACAAAGGUCGUAAUCCAUGGGAACAUGUUUCUUUACAAGAAUACGAGAAUAAUCUCAAGGAAAUUGUGUCCUACGCUGUGUCUCAAGGAAUCUCUAGUGACAAGAUUAUUCUGAUUACUCCUCCUGCAUUCCACAUUGACCAAUGGGCAGAAUUUCAUGGCUAUUUGGGCUAUUCUGAUGGGGGCAGGAAGAAUGAGCUAACAUCCCAGUAUUCACAAGCUUGUCUGAGAGUGGCCACUGAAAUGGGAACAAAAAGUGUGGAUAUUUAUACAGAGAUGAUGAAAAAAGAAGAUUUCUCAGAGUAUUUGAGUGAUGGCUUACACUUGUCUUCUAAAGGAAGUCACUUACUGUUUGAGUUAUUGAAACCAAUCAUUACUCAGUUCACAUCACAUCUACCAGUUGUGUGGUUCCCAUUUCAUGACCGUGUUGAUGUAGACAAUUUAGAAAAAAGUUUGCUUAAUAGUGAAAAUUGAUAAAUUUCUGUGUUUAUUUGAUGUAAUUACCUUAUCUGGAAAUUUAGGGUUGUGCUAUUUUAUGUCCAAGCUAUGUUUAAUAUAAGUGACUUUGUUCUAGUGAGGUUUGACUAGAAAUACAUUGUGUAAACAUUGUAUGUCAGAAUUUGGCUACCAAAGCUGUUGAAAAAGUUUGUGUCUUUUAGUUCACCAAAGAGAUGAUAUGCCUACAAUUGUUUCAGUGUAGUUUGAUCCCCUUGACUUGCUAAGCUAUUUAAAGCUUAUGAAGGUGCUCUCGUACAUAGUGAAUGACUGUUGUAUCUGUGAUGGGCAGAUUCCUUCUUUUUUGGUACAUUUAUGACCUGUAGCAGUCAGCCUCAUUCAUCGGAACAUUGUUUCUAUCAUCUCUGCUUGAAGUCAUUUAGAACAUCACCACACCUUGUGAUCCAGCAGGCCCAAAGACUAAGGGAGAGAACACCAGUAUAUUAUGACUUUUUUCAACUGAUCUCUGCAUAUUAAUUGAUAUUAUAAACCACUCAAAUUUUUAUUAGUAUUGUUAAGAUUUUAAAGACAAAUGUACAUGUUGAUUGUAUUCUAGAUUUUGUUUUUUAUUACUUGGUUUUGAGAUUGAUUUAGUUGGCAAUUAAUUCUAAAUGAACCAGUUAUUGUAAACCACAUACAAGUGUAUUUAUACGUUAAUCAUAUGUUGAAAUAAACAAGAUCAUAAACUUGGUGUAUAUGUCCAAUGCUCAAAGAUAAUGUUUUUUUUAUUUAUGUAAAUGUAUAGAAGAUUCUAAAUUUAGUUUAGAAUAUAAAAAGACCCCUUCAUUAGGCAUAAUAUGAUGGUAUAAUAAUUCUUUUUAAAUAUAUAACCAUUACUGCAUCCACAUUAAUAACUUCAACUUCACAUUAUGGAUGGAGUUUAUUGUUGUUGGUUUUUUAGCGAAAAAUAAGAAAUUUAGGGCUUAAUAAUUAAAAUGUUCACAUUUUGAUAUGGUAUGGCUUCUUUUUGAAUAUUUCAUCACAAUUAUCAUCCUGAGAAAGAAAUAAUUCUAAAUCCUUUUUUAAUGUGCAUACUUUUUUAUUUUAUUAUAAUAAAUGAAUGAUACACUAAGACUUCAAUACAACAAACAAAAAAUACUGUAAAAUAUUUAAAUUUGAGUUGUUAUUAGCAAAGUUGUUUUAGUGACAUCUGCACUAAUAGAUGACAACAGUAUUUGAUGAACUGACAAGUAUAAUCUUUAUGGCCUGGUGCCAUGUUGCACAGAUACUAGAGCACUCAUUAUGAUGCAGCAUUUUGGUUUUUAGUUUGGUCAGAUAUCUAAAAUUCUUAUCAAAGCAUUUUUUGUAGACAAGAGUAAGGACUAGUUAGUAAUCAGUACUGAUAUUCAAGUUAACAAUUUUUUAAAAUGUUGAAAAGUCCUUGACCUUCAUACAAAGUAGAAACAAAAAUCAACUGAGGAAUGAGACUUUUUAAACUUAAACAAAAA